AUCGACAUCUCCAACGGCGACUACAGCGACCUGAGGAAGCAUCUCCAACAGAUCUCCGCCUCGCACCUCCACCACCCCUAUCACCACCAUCACCACCACCAUCACCAACAGACGCAGCACCAACAACCGCAUCACCACCACCAUCACCAUCACACGGAGUUGCCUCCUUAUCUCCAACAGUUCGCUCCUUCCUCGCGCCACUUUCACCAUCAUCACCAACAUAGUUACGUUCAGGAGGGGCAGUUCCAAACUGCAGUCCUUGGCCACGCCCACCUCCCCCGCCCCGAGCCCCUGGGCGCCACCGCCUCCCAGGCCAACCUCCUCCGCGGGCACCGUCACCGCUCCAGUUCUUCCUCCAGAUCCAGGUCUCGUUCCUCGUCGCGGUCGCGCCCGAUGGCGGCCGUGAACUCCAGCCUCCUGUCCGGGAGCGCCGUCGCCUUCCCCACCACCACCGUCGCCGUCGCCACCACCACACCCACCACCAUCACCACCAGUAGCCGAGGCAUGGCGGAGGGACAGAGCCAGUCCCGCCUCCACGAAGUGCGAGGGACGCCUGUCUCCUCCUCCUCCUCCUGCGCCUCCGCCAACGCCCUCAAGAGGCACUCCAUCGCCGACAUCCCGACGGAGUCCUCCUUCCGCGGCGUGUGGGAGAUCCAGAAGGCGCGGCGCGGGCGGUCGUCGAGCCACGAGCGGAAGCGGGACGGCUCGCGGGAGAGGGCGCGGCUCCCGAGGUACAGCCGCGACCGGAGAAAGGAGGGCGACGAGGAGCGGGCGGAGGAGAGCGGUCGGCAGGGCAGCGAGCGGGUCGAGGGGCGGAGGGCGAGCCGCGAGAGGGCGAAGGAGGAGCCCAUCUACGAGAAGGUCGGCAGCGCCAACACCUCGGGCUCGAGUAUCACCUCCAAGAAGUCCAAGAGCAUCUCGGGCUCAAGCAUCAGCUCGAGGAAGAGCCAGAACUCGUACGACAACGCCAUCUACAUGUCCAUGAAGGAUUUACGAGCGCACUGCCAGCUGGACGACGUCGAGGAGUGGGACAACGACCACCUGUACUCGUCCCUCCACGUGAGGAUCUCGCCCGACCCCAACAAGACGCCCGUCCACAUGCGCGACCACCUGUACGAGAACAUGCUCUACCUGCCCAUGACGGAGAUCAAGAACGUGCUCAAGAAGUCGCUGGACCGCAGCCGCCCCCUGCCGGAGCCCCCGAACUUCGACGACCAGAGCGAGCUGGACGACACCUGCGCCUUCACCUCCGAGCCCCAGAAGGACAUCCACAAGCCGGUGGCCAUCAAGAUCUCCAACGACCUGAUCGCCCGCUUCGGCAAGUCCCCCAACGACCGGCAGCACCCGAUGCCGCAGUACGGGCUCUACAUCGCCUCGCAGCCGUCCAAGAAGCCGUGCAAGAUGGCGGAGGGCUGCCAGGACGCGGAGGCCCACUCGGGCCACGAGGCCAAGCCGACCAAGGUGUACAAGAGCACGGGCCAGCACGUCCACAUCAACUACUCCGAGAAGCACACGGAGCCCACCAUCCCGCUGCACAACCUGAGGCCUCCUCCGCCGCCGCCCCCGAGGAAGUGCAAGUCCAGCCAGGGUUCGGGCAACACGAAGAGCAAGUCGAAAUCAAAGGCUUCGAACAAACAGAAAUCCGAGUCGCACCUUCCCGUCAUCUACGAGAACACUCGCCAGGAGGAAGAGCUGACCCAGUCUGCGAAAAAGCGAAAACUACGACACAGUAUGGCGAUAGAAUUCAGUUUCGACGACGACGAUGGUCCCAGUAACAAAUCAUCUGAAGACGCCAGUGUCGAGGGUUCGACUCCUCGCGGCCAUAACACAUCGAGUAGUGAUAACCCUGAUAGCGGUGUCUCCGAGGGCAUCACCACGCCUCUGGUAAGUCCCAUGAGCGCCCCGAGAAGCCCUCAGACUCCGCGAAGUGACAGUUUACUUGAGGAACCCUGCACACCCCUCAGCAUGGAGGACCUGCACUCGUUCAAAGAAAACGGUCAGGCCAAGCUAACGAAAGAAAACGUUGAGGCGAGCAGGAACUCAACCAUUUUUUCUAAUGUGUCCCACGACAUCACUGAUCCUCGUUUUCUCGAAAGUUUUCUCAAAGAUGGACCAUUCUCUCGCAGAAGUUUUGCAGGACAAUCUAGUUUUCUAACUGAAGCAUCCAUUGACGACAUGUUCCAUCAGAUCAAACCCCCAUCUUUGCAGCAAACAAUGUCUAGCAUUUCAUGUUCACACCUGGACUCCUUUUGUCUUAGUCCCAAACAAUACUUCGACACGCUAAAGAGUAAAAGCGCUGAUGUGAGUAAGAUGCUGUUAAGUGCGGUAGGAAGGAAUUUGUUUUCCGAGUCGACCAAAGUCUCCACGCCGAACCGCAGCGCCGCGCAGCUGGACACGUCCGCGUCGCGCCGCCAUUCCGUGGCUGGCCUGGAGGACAUUUCCCGUAGACUUUCGAAGAUCGAGUUCAGCGACGACACCUCGCUGUGGGGGAUGGAGGUGUCCGACCACUGCGACUCGGCGCUCAAGAAGUCCAAGUCGCUGCAGUGCCUGAGCUCGUCGGCGGCGCUGUCCCCCCCGCCCAACGUGCCCCUCAUGGAGUCCAUGGCGGAAAUAUUAAAGGACCCCGAGGCCAGAUGCGACGUCCGGGCCUUCCGCGGCCUGGACGUCAAUGGCGAGCAAACGAGCCCCAACACAAGUGAACAAUCGGGACAAUGGUGGGCAGGAGGCUGCGGGGAGCAGGACGAAGGGGGGAGGGAGCGGGGGCGGGCCACAAAAAGGGUCAGGUAGGGCAGGUGGGCAUGCGGACGCUGAGGCCGGUGCGCCGGGCUCACUCGCGUCCUCGCCGGCGUCCCAGCACCACCCGCCCGCCGCUGCCCAGCCCAGCCCGACCCGCCACCUCUCCCCGAACAGAAACCCGACACUACCACUUC